UCUCCGCCCCGGCCGCCAUUGCCUCGUGCCCGCGCUGGUCGGUUGGUGGCGCCUUUGUCCUACGGCGGGCAGGUGGGCUGAGGCGGAGGCGGCAGCGGCGGGCCUAAGGCGAAGAAGCGGCCGGGAGCCCGCCGCGCUGGUAGCGAUAUUAAUAAGGCAGCGGAAAGAAGAAAUAUGAAUACGGCUCCAUCAAGACCCAGCCCCACACGAAGGGAUCCAUAUGGCUUUGGAGACAGCCGAGAUACAAGACGCGAUCGAUCCCCCAUUCGAGGAAGUCCAAGAAGAGAGCCCAGGGAUGGCAGAAAUGGCCGGGAUGCUCGAGAUAGCAGAGACAUGCGAGACCCCCGAGAUCUGCGGGACCACAGAGAGAGCAGAGACAUUCGGGAUCACAGAGACAGCAGAAGUAUGCGUGAUGCUCGGGACAUGAGGGAUCCUAGAGACUUUCGUGACCUAAGAGACUCUAGGGAUUUUCGAGAUCACCGGGACCCCAUGUAUGACAGAUACAGAGAUAUGAGAGACUCCCGAGAUCCCAUGUACAGGAGAGAAGGCUCUUACGACCGAUACCUGCGAAUGGAUGACUACUGCAGGAGGAAGGAUGACUCUUACUUUGACCGUUACAGAGAUAGCUUUGAUGGACGAGGCCCUCCAGGCCCAGAAAGUCAGUCUCGUGCAAAAGAGCGUUUGAAACGUGAGGAACGGCGUAGAGAAGAGCUUUAUCGUCAGUAUUUUGAGGAAAUCCAGAGACGCUUUGAUGCUGAGAGGCCUGUUGAUUGUUCUGUGAUUGUGGUCAACAAGCAGACUAAAGAUUAUGCUGAAUCUGUGGGGCGGAAGGUUCGAGACCUAGGCAUGGUAGUGGACUUGAUCUUCCUCAACACAGAGGUGUCACUGUCACAAGCCUUGGAGGAUGUUAGCAGGGGAGGGUCUCCCUUUGCUAUUGUCAUCACCCAGCAACACCAGAUUCACCGCUCCUGUACAGUCAACAUCAUGUUUGGAACCCCACAAGAGCAUCGCAACAUGCCCCAGGCAGAUGCCAUGGUGCUGGUGGCCAGAAAUUAUGAGCGCUAUAAGAACGAGUGCCGGGAGAAGGAACGCGAGGAGAUUGCCAGACAGGCGGCCAAGAUGGCCGAUGAAGCCCUCCUCCAGGAAAGAGAGCGGGGAGGCCCUGAGGAGGGACUGCGCGGGGGGCACCCUCCAGCCAUCCAGAGCCUCAUCAACCUGCUGGCCGACAACAGGUACCUCACUGCUGAAGAGACUGACAAGAUCAUCAACUACCUUCGAGAGCGGAAGGAGCGGCUGAUGAGGAGCAGCGCCGACUCUCUGCCUGGCCCGAUUUCCCGUCAACCACUCGGGGCGACCUCGGGUGCCUCGCUGAAGACACAGCCAAGCUCCCAAACGCUCCAAAGCGGCCAAGUGCUCCCCUCUGCUACACCCACUGCAGCGGCACCCCCCACCUCCCAGCAAGAGCUUCAGGCCAAAAUCCUCAGCCUCUUCAAUAGUGGCACGGUUGCGGCCAAUAGCAGCUCUGCAUCCCCCUCAGUUGCUGCCGGAAACACCCAGAACCAGAAUUUUUCCAUAGCAGCGAACAGCCAGCCUCAGCAAAGAUCACAGGCCUCUGGCAAUCAGCCUCCAAACAUUUUGGGACAGGCAGGAUCUGCUCGGAACAUGGGCCCCAGGCCUGGGGCUCCUUCCCAAGGGCUCUUUGGCCAGCCUUCCACUCGCCUGGCACCCGCCAGCAACUUGGCUAGCCAGAGGCCCGUGUCUUCCACAGGAAAGGAAAACAGGACUUGUGAAGAGGCCUUUCCUGGCCAAAGGCGAAUGGAGAGUGGGGUGCUCUCCUGUUUUGAUUUUGUCUCACUUGCCGCCCUCUGUCCAGCCCAUUAUGCAAGGAGUUGGCAGAAGCAGAGUCACAGCCCACCACUUCAGCCCAGGAGUGCUCAGGACCCCAGAAGGCUAGACCCAGCUGCGUCUGUCAGAGGGAGGUUCUUUGGAGGAUGAGCGUGGGGAGUGCUGGUGUCUGAUACCUCCGACUUCUGAUUACUACCCGGAAGAAUCUAUCCAGCCCCCUGAUCAAAUUUCAGAGGGGCCUUGGCCUAACCGGCAGACAUCCAAACCUACCUCCAGCCACACCUGGCCCAGUCUAGGUGGCACCAGCUCCAGCUCUGCCUUGGGCUCAAAGGAAAGGAGGUGGUGAGGUCAGGAGUACCCAGUAGCCUCAGCUCUGGGAGGUGGGCAGGAUGUCUAACUAGAUGCAAAGUUCAGGGCCCUGGGGCUGAAGGUACUGUACCCAGUCCCAGAGGGCGCUGGAACGAGCAUGCAGUGCCUGCCGCCCUUAGUAAGGUGCCCUGGGGGAAGGGAGCCCGGCCAAUGCGGUUUCCCUAAGGGUAGAGGGCACCUGCAACCGGGCUGGUGGAGCAGAAGCGCCAAGGACUGGUGUUGGAGAAGCCAAAGGCCUUGGCUCCUAGUUGGAGGAGGGCAGAGAGGCGCUAAGAACAAAGCACAUAGCGACUCCAGCCCUCCCCCACGCCCAGGUGCCUGGGAGACGCAGCUAGAGGCAGCGAGGCCGGGCCCCGGGACGCGGAGAAGGCGGCUGGGUCCCCGAGGCCAGAGCUGCCAGAUGGACACAGAGGAGGGAACAUCAGGGACAGCGCUGGGGCCUCCCCGGUGAGUCCGGCCCCCAACCCAGAACCGCCCCCGCCUCCCUCAUCUGUCCCAGGGAGGAAACUCCAGGGGAAGGGACGCCCUCCAGCUCCCCGAUUUCAGUCUUUGGCGAAGAGCCAUGGGAUAGGAGGAGCAGGCGACAAGCCGAUUGAGGAGAGCCGCCUGCUCCCCCAGCGAAGGCACCGGGGCGGGGCUUCCUCGGUGGGGCGAGGGCCUCUCUCGGUUUCUCUUCCUUGAGGAGCGCCCCUCCCCUAUCCUGGCCCCAGCUUGCAUAAGAGCCGAUGAGAAGAGGCUGUGCCUGUCUCUGCAGCCACAGUGGAAGCUCACUCCGCUGGGAGGCGAAUCCAGGAAAAGCUGGACACUUGUCUCACUUCGUCUCCGAGAAGAACUAGAGGGAAGGGUCGGAAGCCAAGGGCGCGAGGAAAGGGUGAGGAGACGUCGAGGGGGUGUCGAGGGACCACGACUCCCGCCUGGGCCUAAAGCACUUUUGCUCUCAAAACUCUCGGACGUCAAGGAAAACCCAGCCUCCCGAGGCCUCCGCCUUCCCUGGGCGCCCCCAGCGGGAGAGCUCGACAGUGGCGAGAAGAGAAGUCCGUUGCGCUUCUAGUCACAGAAAUAUGGGGACGUUAAAAAUACACGCGAUGUCUCCUGUACACUAUGUAUAGGCUCGGCCGGCCGGCGCCUGCGGCCGCGCGAAGACAAGUGACGUAGACGGCGGAGCGCAGUCUCCCCACCCCGCGCCCUCCGGGCCGCCGGGGGAGGGGUGCAGAGCGAGGACGGGGCGGGGCGCGGGAAGAGAGGGAAAGGGCCGCGCGGACUACCGGGGGUCCUCAAAGCCCCAGCUCCGCUCCUCUCUGCGCCUCCUCCGACCUUUAUUGCAGCGUCUCCUCCGGCGGGGCGAGGCCGGGCUUAGAAAAAGGGCAGCCGGGGCCGACAGGGCGACGCGCCAACGGGGCGCUCGGGGCUCUGGUCUCCGCGCGGGGCGGUCCUCUCCGAGUCAGCCCCGACCGACGUGGCCUCCGGGCUUCAGGCAGCGGGGAAGGGGGCCAGGGCGCGGGCACAGGGUCUGUGUGUAAACGGUGACAGCGGCGGGGGGCGCGGCGAGGGCUCCGGGGCCGCGCGGGCCGGACGCGCUUGGGCCCGGGUGGCAGGUCCUGGCUCUCAGGAGUAGAUGGUGAUGACCUCGCGGCCGCCGCCGCGGACCAGCAUCACCCGGUCCAGGUGCUCGGUGAGGACCUCGAGGAACUCCAUGUCUGAGCGCCCGUCAAGGAGAAAGACCGUCCCCUUCCCUCCCGUUGGAAUUAGGGCCGCGCGUGUUGGGCGCCAGGGGAACGCUGGGUUCGCGUCCCUGUUCGCGGUGCUGAUUCUGAAGCAGACCCGUCUCAACUCUUCCUUCCCAGGGCCAGGACCUAAGUCCCCUGACAUCCACCUCCCGCUUCCUCCCAAUUUUAAGCCCAGGAUACAAUUUUCGUCACCGUUGCGGUUGCGGGGAGGCCCUGGCAUGUUGAGCAAAACAAGCUUGGCGUCCCGGGAUUUCUUGACGAUGACCUCGUUCAGCCGCACAGCGGUGUGCAUGCGCCGCACGUUGGACUGGUUCCUGAGGGAGGGACGGAGGGAGGCACGUAAGGCUGGGAGAAGGGAGAGUUGGAUCCAGUCGCCCUUCCAGCCCCCCCACCCCAGCACUGGGCUGCUGGGAUCUAGUCCUUGCAAGCCAGGGACCACCAACCCUAGACUUCUCCAAACUGGGCUAUUCAGAGACCCCAGAGGUCAGGGGCACAAACUGAGGGUUCAUGGUGGAGUGAGAAGAGGAGGGACCCUGGCCAACCUAGGUGAGAAGUUAAAAAUUCUGAAGCACUUACAAGUUCUCCCACUCCCUUCGGGAAACAUAAGAGAAGCAAAGAGAGGAAGAAAAAGAGAGGGGUCAGAAAAAGCAGGAGAAGCUGAGGACUACCUGAGCCACCAUCAACCACCCUGUGUGCAAACUGGUCCCGCUCUCCCAGCCCCCCAGGCUUCGCCUUUCCACUGCCUGCCCCAGGGAGUUCUGACCCUUAGCAAUCAAGCCCAAUCUGAGUCCUCAGAUGGGGAAACCAAGACAAGGUCUGGGCGGGGUCUUCCGACUACCAGGCCAGGACCCCUUCUGCUCAUUUGCUCUGCCAUGGGGAGCAAGGACCCUGUAGGCUCACCCCAGACCCUAGCCCUUAGCCCCCAGGCCCAUACGGCUUCAUGCUGAAGAAGUCCUUGAUGCCCUCUGAGGAGACAGGACUGGGGCCCUUGUUCUUCUCUGCCACAGAUUUGUCCUUGGUCCAGGUGAGAUGCACUUUCUCUGGAUCUGCCUCGCCCUCCCGUUCGGGCUCCUCCCCCGGGGAUGGUGAGCUGCUGGGGCAGCUGGGAGCACUCUGGUCAUGGAUCAGCUGCACCUGAGGGAUAAAAGAAGGGACAACAUGUGACUCCUUCGGAGGCCAAAGUUCCUGCUCGCACUGGCUGGAGCCAAACCACCCCGCUGCGUACCUCCUCUUCCGGCUUCUCCUCGCUGUCACCAGCUGUCUCUUCUGGGACGUUGAGGCGAAGCCGAGUGUUGGCUGGAUUCUUUCUCCGGAUUGAGCCCCGAGACUCAUCUGUGAUACUCUGGAUCUAGGGAGUGACACAUGCUGGUGCCAGCUCUGCUGGAAAUCACUACCCAUGCCCGCCCUGCAAAGAGCUGCCCCCAGAGCUGAUGUUCAGCCAGGAUGUGCACUUUCGGGAUCCCUACCAGUUGUUAAACUAUUGCAAUGCUUCCACAUCAAAUAGCUAUUGCCGCCACUGACCUGGCCACUCCAACCCCUCUCCAGGACCCCUGACCUCUCCACUAUCCAGCAACCAAAGGGUUAGCACCUGGGCCAGCUGGGCUCUACCUUAGCACUAUGGCCCAGUGCCAGUUCUGAUUGGUCAGAGCACAUGCCAUUUCUUACAAUUUUACUGUCACCCACCUCCAAGAUCUCUUCUGUCCCCAACCCCCAGGGUACCAUAGCUCAUUUCCCCAAGGACCCCACUCCCUGGGGUGGGGCUUUCAUUCAAAUGCCAGAGGGCCAGUGGUCCCACAUUACCCACACUGGGGAGAUCUUACACCCAUACCCCAUGAGAGCUCAUCAUUGUUACCCCUGAGAACCCAGUUGGAGGUUUGCCCCCAACUCUCAUCAUCAGCUGCAUCCUGAAAUAUCCAUCUGUUACCCACUCUCUAAGCCUCUCGAAGGGUCUGUCACAUAAUCCCUUGUCCCCCACACUGGCAGCCCACGCCCCUGAGGAAUCAUCCAUACAUAUUUAACAUCCACUAUUCUCCCUUGGGCCCCAGAAGUCACAUAGUGAGCGGAAGAUCUGUCACGCAUGCCAAAGCCCCUCUGCAUCCUGGCUGGGAGGCUUGAGAGAUGCAGCCGCUGUGUGUACCCCUGCUGCUGGGGAACCCAGUGCCAGAAGGUGGCAGUGCCAAUGGCCAGGAGUGGGCCAUCCCAAACCCGUGCACGCCCAGAGCUGGCAGCAGCUUGAGACUCUCCGAGCCCAGCCAGGGCAACCUCACCUCCCUCUCCCGCUCAUUCUUGGUUAAAUGCAUCUGCUUGAGGAUCUGGGAACGCUGCUCCAUCACCAGCGUCUUCUCGUAGGUGUAAGC